ACCGAGGUAUGCUUUCUCUAUCUACUUCACAGGACAGUAUCUCGACUAAUGAAAAUGAUAGCGCUUGCAGAGACAGGAAUGGAUGAUGCUGAAGCCAUGGCUGCUAGGCAGCUGCCUGACCUAGGCGGCUCCAAUGUAUAUCGUCCAACCCUUGCGGCUGGUCCAGCCAGACACCUGCCCGAGACACGUCGACCCAACGCGACGAACUUUCAAGGCAUGCAAACCAACCAGAGUGGUAUUCUCAUGCCUCCUGGCUCCCAGCUUCAUCGAUACCCUUCGACUAGAGCUGCCGAUGAGCCCCGCGCAAAUGUCCAGGGAAGCAGGGUCACGCUUACUACCCCUUCCACGGCCAGGCCAGCUGCCGCAGGCUCUAGCACUGCUAGAGCUGGAUCUACUGAAGCGACUAACAUGCCCUUGCCGCCCCAUCUGAGAGCCAAGAGCACUCAGAAUCUUCCAGUUGCCGCUCCUAAUACUGCCAUCUCGGCCCCCACGCCGACUUCGAACGCCUCUCCCAGUGUCAAAGGCAAGGAGAAGGAGAAAUCUGAAGAUACCACGAAGCAGCCUCAAUUGGCUGAUGAGAACUCCGAGGUCCACUGGGCUGGCCGUUGCAAGGCUCAGGCUCGAGGCAAAGAGCAUGACAUUGUCAUCAAGUUGAAGACCAUCGAGUCUGACGAGCACCCCAAUGGACAUGUCGUCUGCAUCAUUGUAUGCCCUGGCGUCUUCGACCAAGCCCACAGCAUGAACGAUUACACUCUGGACUUUCACAAGAAUCACAUGUGUAUCGUCAGUUUCGGGGCUUCCGCGUCGAGGCCAUCAAUGCGAUACAGCCUCAAGUUCGAUGACUCCGAGACGGCUGCCGACUUCGUUCAGCGUGCGGACAUGCUGCAGAAGGUGAUGAAAUAUCUCCGCGAGAUGGCUGCUUCCCAGGAUGAGGUGGACACGGGCGCCGUCGCUCCCGUCGAGUCGGCUGCUCCCGAGGCCGCUCGCCCCACCCAGACCGCCGUUCAGGCCACUGAGGUGGCGCCCAUGAAGAAGGAUCAUGGCGAGGAAGACCUGACGGAUGCUUUCAGCAAUCUGAAGCUGACCAAUGUCAAGGGUUCCCCCAUGUACACUACAGACCGCCCUCCUCGGGUCCAGUACAGCCCUGAACAGUUGUUGGAGAGACGUUCUUCUGCUGAAGCUCCUGCCGGAAUCAAGGACGUCAAGAUCCCCCUGGAAAAGGACAGCCGAAGUGAGUUCUCCAAGCUGCCGCCUCACCUGCAACAGAACCAGAAGUUGCGAGCUUCCCAGCCAAAUAACGAGGCCGCAAAGCUCAUGGACUGGAUUUCGGGAACUAUGCAGACACAGACAGGCACCGGCGAUGUCUCACAGGUCUCAAUGCCUGGUUUGUCUGAAGCUGUCAACCACCAUAAGGCAGUCGCUACUACUCCGCAAUUCUCAACUGGCACUCAAAUACCACGCAAGGAAUCGACUGAGAGCAACCUUGAUAAGAAUACCGACAGCAAGGCAGAGAACAAGGAGAACAGUGCAAUCAAGCUAGAAGUCACUGAUGCACCCAAGAAUAAGAUCGAUAUCGACGCCGAGACCCAGGUGCAAGUCCAAAGCAGCAUUGCGAAGACGUCCAGUGACAGCACGCAAGCUUACGGAGAGAACACUGCAAAGGAACAUGUGCCCAAUGGCACCGCUAUGGAGUCGACCAAUCCAUUUGAUGCGGGUGCCAGUACUGAGAUCGAGCAUGCGCAUGUCCAGAAAGCAUCUCAGGAUGUUCUUCCCAAAGAGCCUCUGAUUCCUUCCAAGACUGCUGAAUCAGACAAGGGGGACGCGAUGUCUGACGCUUCGCACGACUCGGCUGUUGAGUUCGAAGCUCCCGUCAAGGCUGAGCCAGAUGUCACCGCGCCAGCGCCCACUCCUGUGAAGAGUCCCGAGACCGCCCCUGCAGUUCCAUUCAACCCCACAAGCUACAUUAUGCCUGCUGGCAUCCCUAUGCCACAGAUGACGCCGGGCCAAGUGCACUACGCGACCCAGAUGCAACCUCAGAUGCAUCCCCAGGCCAUGAUUCCUGGAAUGUACCCGUCGGGCGUCAUUCACGCUGUCACGGUCACGUACCACAUCAGCUAUCCGGAUUCCGAGGUGGGCAUGGGUAUGAACGGCCCAGUUCACCAAAAUGGCGGGACGUUCUCGCCCAACGCAGAGCCAUUCCAGCCCAUUGGCCUUGGCCAUGGGCAAGUCCCUCGACAGCAGGGCAGCGACCAGCCUCGUACGCGCCGGGGACUGGGAGGCUCUAUGUUCGCUACAGGCUAUAGCGCAGCCAAGUUCCCCGGCAGCUUCACGGGGGCCGCGGCCGAGUGAGAUGAAUGUGUGAA